GCACGGGUCGUUUCCAGGGAAACGUAGCUCCGCCGCCUCUACGGACUUUUUUCCCGGGUGGCGCGGCGGUGCUCUCUGAAGUAUUUUCUCCACCUCCUGGAGGGUUUGAACCCGGCGGCGGCAGUGGUUGGUGACACAGGUUUGGAGCCUCCUAGAUUUGGAGGGCUCUCGAUCAAGAUUCGGCGCCUUUCACUCUCAUUUGAUAACUCCGUUAUCAGAAUAUUCUGCUUCCCGCUCCCUCCCCGCGGCUCCCUAAGACAUCAGCUCCUUUGCCUAGUGUCAGAGUCGUAUAUUCCAUGGUGAUAUAUUCCAUCCUUUCCCCCAGUUUUGUGUUUCUGUUCUCCUUUUUCCACCUAACGUCGUGGUCUUUCCUGGGCUGUACUUCCGAUAUCCCCAUUAGGGAGAACAAGGACACGAGAAAUCAGGGAGCUAGACCCCUGCCACAGGAUAUGAUAUGAGCUGGUCUGAGCAAAUUGACGCACUCCUAAAUGCAACUGAUGGAAGUAUGGCCCGGAUUAAGCAGAGGCUGUAUUCCUCUGGAGUCUCCACUACAGCAGAGGACCUGACGGGAACCUGUAUUUCCUCUCAUCACUUACCUUUCAAGGCAGGAGGAGCCCAAGUACAACAGCCUUGGGCUCUAAAGACUACCACUGCCCCAGAGAGACAGAGAUGGACGGAAGCCUACAGUUCUUUUUCUCUUUGGGAUGAAAUUACUAUUCUCAAGUCCCAGAUUCAAUCUCAGGCUCAGGUGACUGACACACUAAGGCAGACUGUGCAGGGCCUGCUAGAAGAACGAGAGCAGCAGAUGUGCAGGAUCAGUGCCCUGGAAGCAUCACUAAAAUUGCUGCAGGGGGGCCCAGAAGGGCAAGCCCUUGUUCUGGAGCAAGGCCUGGAGCUGAAAAGGGAACUUCAGGGCCUUAGGAGCCAGGUGCUGGACUUAGCCCAUGCUCAAAUGAAAACAAGACCAAGAACAGGAAAGCACAGUACUACUAAUAGCUUUCACCAGGAGCUGCAGACUGAGCCACAACUUUUGUGGGAACAGUCAGAGAUUCUGUGGGAGGAACUGAAGUUGCUACGGGACCAGCUAUGCCAGCACCAGGAGCUGCUGCGCGAACAGAUGGCUGAGGCACACCAGGUUGAGACCAGCAGAUGGAAGAUCUCCAAAACAGCGCCUUUUCUAACCUGGGGAUCAGCAGCUUUCAGAGGUUUGUUUCUGGGCAGCCUUCUCAUCCCUUCUGGAUCCAGCUGUUAUAUAUCCUUUCUACUGAGACGUCCAUUGCCCAUCUGUUCCUGCCUACGUCCUCCAGUAAAGUGGCUUAACUCUCCCUGAUAUGUUUUCUGUGAAUCUGUACCCACCUGGGGUAGACUUAGUUAUACCUUCUUCCUGUUAUUUGACUGUUUCCUGUGAUCUCUACCUCUGAAGUCUGAAUCCACAGACAUUUAGAGCUGUACCUCCUGAGUACAAGCUCAAGGAACUUGAGAAGGAUAGCACCUCUCAUUCUGGUGAGUAUAAUGAACUGGAACCUUGCAGUGAGUGAGGCAGUAGUGCUGUGGGCAUACAGAAGACAGUGAGAUAUUCUGGAGGGCCCUGGACUUGGGCAUCUCUGGUUUCUGUCGCUUGAGGCUCAUCAUAGCCUCUCCUCAGCAACCCAGCCUAUAUUCUAUAUUAGCUUUAUUACUGGCUUCAGUUUCUUUCACUCUCUUUGA